AUGGCUGUUCACAAAGUUAGCUUCAUUGCUUGCCUACUUGUUCUUGGGAUGUUUCUUCUUGUAAACACUGUUGAUGCCAAGGUGUGUCCAAGAAUAUGUGGUAAUUUUGGGUAUGGACUAUGCCCACGUUCCGAAGGAAGUCCGGAAAAGCCCAUAUGCACCAAUUGUUGCUCGGGCUACAAGGGUUGCAAAUAUUACAAUGCUAACGGAGAUUUAGUUUGUGAAGGGGAGUCUGACCCCAGAAACCCAAAUGAUUGUUCCUAUGAGUGUGAUACACAAAUUGCCUAUUCAAAAUGUCCUCGUUCUGAAGGAAAGAUGAUAAUUAAACCCACGGGAUGCACCACCUGUUGCACCGGCUACCAGGGUUGCUACUAUUUCGAUCAAGAAGGUGAUUUUGUGUGUGAAGGAGAGAGUCCUGAACCCAAGGCAGUUGCUUAAGUAUUUCUAAUUAAUCGUUUGCUGCAAUUUAUUAGUAACAAAUGUGUGCAUUAUAUAUGCUGAUCUCUUGUAAUGUGGACGAGUUUAAUGAAGCACUAGUUUCAUAUUA